UUUCCAUUCCUAUUUGCACAGAAUCAGAUCUAGACCUUUUUGUUUUUGUAUGUUUACUUACUUAUGUUUGUUUGUUUAUUCAUUCAUUCAUGUUUGUUGAGGUUGUCUGUCAUUUCACCUCUCUUUCCUAACCCCUAACUGCACUGUCAUUUUCACACCAUGCACAAAAAUUAAGAAGAUGAUGAUGAACAACAACAAUAACAACAACAUCAAUCUUUGAUUUUCCCAUCUGGGUUUUUCUCAUUCAAGGAUAAAGUUUCCGACUUUCUAGGAAUUUUUUUUUGUUUUUGUUUUGAGUAGUGAUUGAUGGGUAAGGUUGCGGUGGGAGCUGCGGUUGUCUGUGCUGCCGCCGUUUGUGCUGCGGCGGCGCUUGUGGUGCGCCACCGUAUGAUAAGUUCGAGGAAGUGGGCACGUGGGUUAGCUAUAGUGAAGGAGUUUGAAGAAAAGUGUGGAACACCAAUUGGGAAGCUUAGACAGUUAGCUGAUGCUAUGGAUGUUGAGAUGCAUGCUGGUCUUGCAUCUGAAGGUGGUAGCAAGCUUAGUAUGUUAAUCAGCUAUGUUGAUAAUCUUCCAACUGGCGAUGAGGAAGGACUCUAUUAUGCACUAGACCUUGGUGGCACAAACUUCCGUGUCCUUCGUGUACAUUUAGGUGGAAAAGAGAAAGGUGUUAUUAGUCAAGAGUCCAAUGAAGUUUCAAUUCCUCCUGAAUUGAUGACUGGUUCUUCAGAGGGAUUAUUUGAUUUUAUAGCAGAUGCUCUUGCAAAAUUUGUUGAAUCAGAACCUGAAGGUUUUCAUCCUCCAGCUGGCAGACAAAGAGAACUCGGUUUUACGUUCUCCUUCCCUGUGAAGCAAACAUCAAUUGCAUCUGGUACUCUAAUAAAGUGGACUAAGGGUUUCAGCAUUGAAGAUACGGUUGGGCAAGAUGUGGUGGGCGAACUAACCAAGUCCUUGGAAAAAAUUGGCCUGGAUAUGCGGGUUGCGGCUCUAGUUAAUGAUACAAUUGGAACAUUGGCUGGAGGCAGAUUCUACAAUCAGGAUGUCAUUGCUGCUGUGAUUCUCGGUACCGGGACAAAUGCAGCAUAUGUAGAACGUGCACAUGCUAUCCCAAAAUGGCACGGCCUUUUGCCAAAAUCAGGAGAUAUGGUUAUAAACAUGGAAUGGGGUAAUUUCCGAUCUGCACAUCUUCCUCUAACCGAAUAUGACCAAAGUCUAGAUGCUGAAAGCUUAAACCCUGGAGAACAAAUUUUUGAGAAAUUGCUUUCUGGCAUGUAUUUGGGGGAAAUUGUACGGAGAGCCUUGUUGAAGAUGGCUGAAGAGGCUGAAUUUUUCGGAGAUACUGUUCCCCCCAAGUUGAAAAAACCUUUUAUACUUAAGACGCCUGAAAUGUCUUCCAUGCACCACGACACAACUCCAGAUCUGAAAGUGGUUGGAAACAAAUUGAGGGAUAUAUUGGAGAUCUCAAAUACAUCACUUAAAACGAGGAAGAUUGUUGUGGAACUUUGUGACAUUGUCGCUUCUCGCGGUGCUCGCCUUGCUGCUGCCGGUAUUAUAGGAAUCCUUAAGAAGCUAGGAAGAGACAUGGUUAAGGGUGGAGAGAAGCAAAAGUCAGUGAUAGCAUUGGAUGGAGGGUUGUUUGAACACUACACUAAAUUCAGAGUUUGCUUGGAAGAUACACUGAAGGAAUUGCUCGGAGAUGAAGCAGCUGAUACCGUUGUGGUUGAGCUUGCUAAUGAUGGCUCAGGCAUUGGAGCAGCACUUCUAGCAGCUUCUCACUCGCAAUAUUUGGGAGUUGAAGAGUCCUAGUGUUAUUAUUGCCAAGGUAAUUAAAGACAUGUAAUACCAGUUUCAUAUUUUUUGUUUGCACACGUAAUAGAUCAAUACAUUGAAGUAGCUACUAUGCCUUAGUUACUGGUCCACUGCGGAGGUGCUCCUGUGCUGAUGACCGGGGCAUCCAUCCAUUAUUUUGGUUGCAGGGUUUGUGUCUCCUAUUUUAUGAAAUAAUGUUAUAAACUAAACUUUGAGUGUAUCCUGUUUUGCGGAAUGUAGCCUGUUUUCAACGAUAAAUAAUAAAUCAGGACUGUUAAUCAA